AUGGAUUCCCGCCUGGCCAUAUCUGGGUUUCUGACUCUUCUCCUGUUUUAUUUCCGAGCCGAAGCUAUCCUGUGGCCCGAUCAGCAUCCCCAGGAGGAGCAAAUGGCUCUCCAGCUAGCUGGGACUUUGAAGAGCAUCCUAAUCAACAGCUUUGCGGUAAACGAUCUGAGUCUUUGCAUUUUCCCAGCCUACGACCAGAUGUCUCCGGAUGAGGUGAAUCUAGUACAUCGUAUCCUGGAUCUCAGCCUGUCUAAUCUCCACAUGCCCGUGCCGAUUGUUCUUAGUCCGAACAUCGAGAAAGAGAUACGCGAACAGAUAUUUUCCAGGCUUCUGUUUGUGACGAGAAUGGAGCAAGUUAUUUCCAUUGCAUCGUCCUGGGAGGAAAAUCCCCUAUUCCUCAUUGUGUGGCUGAAGCCUCCGCCAAAAUUUGAACAAACACAGAAGAUGUCCUCGGUUUUCCGAUACUUUCUCCACGAGCGCUACAACAUAAAUUCCCUGAUCUUGGUCCCCGGCGUCCAGGGCGUUCAAGCUUACCAUGUCUGGCCAUACACGCCGCAUAGUUGCGCCAGCACAACUCCGGUGGAGGUCUCCCUAUCAGACACGACCCUGUACCAUCUGUACCCCUCUCGUUUCAAGAACCUGCACCGAUGUCGUCUGAGCGCUAUUGUGUGGGAAAUUCCACCGUAUAUGGGGGUGAAGUGGGAGGAGGGCAAGGUGACAGGGUUGGACGGAGUGAUUCUUCACAUUCUAUCAACUAAGAUGAACUUCACCCUCGAACUGUUGCGUAACGAGCCUACUGACCUUAUCGGCGGCGCCAGCUAUUUGAACGGAACACUCACGGGUCCCUACAAAAUGCUACUCGAACGUAGAGCCAACUUUACAAUAGGAUGCGCAUCCUGCACGCCGGAGAGAUCCGCCUUCUUGAAAUCUACAUCACCGUACAGUCAGAUGGCCUAUGUGAUUGUGAUGAAGGCGCCCGAGCGGUACAGCAUCUACGAGGUAAUGCUAUUCCCCUUUGCCCGCUACACUUGGAUGGCCCUCGUUUUGGUUUAUUUGUUUCACCGACUUCUCGGAAUCCGUCGGAGGCUGCCCGGUCCCUUCUUGGCCGGCUGGAUGCUGUGGAUCUUCGUCAUCCGAGCCAGUUACGAGGCUUCGAUUUUCAAUUUCCUGCACAAUUCGCCCGGGAAGCCAUUGCCGCACACCCUGGAGCAGAUGCUGGAUCAGGGCUAUCGUUUCAUUACGGAUCAUGCCACCUUCCGAAUGACACUCAAGCUACCGGAUUUCCGUGACCGAACCACCAUAUCUGAGGGCCAGCCCGUGGACGUGUUUGAUGCCUUGUUGAAGGAGAGGUCCCAGAAGAUUGGCGCCUUUACUAGUCGCGCCUUCUUGGCCUAUCACCUGACCAAGAAAAAGAAGCGCAGGCAUCGUUUUGUGAUCCUGGCGGAGAAGAUUGUGGACAAUAUGCUGUGCAUGUACUUCCCCAAAAACUCCUAUUUCGCCUGGGACCUCGACAGGCAGCUCUUUAAGAUGCGCAGCUUCGGUUUGCUUCAACACCAUUCCCAGAGGCUUGCCUGGAGCAACAUGCCCACCACAUCUGACGCGCAUGGUUGGUCCUCCUCCACGGGAGGAGAGGAAGAAGACGCUGCCACGGGAUUCGCAGAAUCCAUGGGUUUUAUCCUGGCAGCCCUCAACUGCUUGAUAGGAGCCUUGGGCUUUUCAAUCCUUGCUUUCGGCUUGGAGCUGCUCAGCCAAAGGCGCCGCUGGCAGAGAUUAGCCGAGUUAAUGGAAAGAAUUUGA